AGGAACAGACACACAGUAGAUCUACGACUAGAGUGACAACGGUUUUGAGUUCCCAUCCUCUGCCUGUCACUUCACUUCACUCGAUCGUCAGUCAACCAUGUCAACUGAAACAAGCGCGCGAGGGAGAUUUUGUACGAUCAAUGUUCAGAUUUAGAGGAGGAAGUAAGCCUGCAUGUGUUACGAACUUACGUGUGCUUUGGCCUGGAGGGUUCACAUUCUCGUAGGAAUUGUUCACCUCUGCCGAGGAUCCCUUGAUUCAAAUACUUUCGGGCUUGACAUCACCAAGUCCCGCGCGCUGUCACCCGCGUUUUGGAACGCAUUUUUACUAGCAGCAUUUGCUUCGUUGUCUGCUCUAAAGACUACAGCUGGAUCACGGUGGUACCAGCGCUUCAGCUUCGAAGAUCUGUCUGUACGUGUGUAAGCUGUAUCGUCUGUGGAGUACCGUCCCCAGUUGUCCACUAUGGGCAAGUGUGGAGCUUUCUUUUCGACCUCAGCACGAUGGAUACUGUAUGCUGUCGUGCUUGUGAGUACUGCAGCCACUCUCUGGGGCAUGGUCUCCAGUCAGGUGAAAAACUCGAAGUGCUGGUUGGGGGGUGACAGUACAUGCUUGCUGUUUGGAUCAGUGAGUGGCAAUGCUACUCGAUGUGGUGUGCCUCGCCUUCACCUCCCGACGAGUGGCAGUGGAAUCAGCUGUCAAUACGUCAUCUUCUACGCGGCUGCGCAGAUCUUUUCCAUGCUGAGCCUGUGUGUGCUUAGCAUAGCCGUUGCUCGCGGCAGGAAGGAUGGCCACAACACAGAGUCUUGGAGGCGCUGCGCCAAGUUUGGUGAAUUGGCAGUCGUUGUGACUCUGGCUCUCUGCUCCCUGGCUGCUGCACUGAUUAUGUCGAUUGGGUUUGCUGUCUUUUGCCAUGAGAUGAAAGAGCAUUGGAGACAGGAACCAUCAGACUUGGUCUAUUCGAAUCACACUCAUGUGCACCACAAGGCACCAAGCUGCUCACAUACCUAUCUUGUGAAGAAUGUGGAUGUUCAAUUCAACAUGUCCGGAAAUGGUACAUACACCAGCCACUACGAGCGGGUUUCAUUUCACCACAACUACAAUGUGGCACAGGUUGCUUGCUGGGCCAGCUUUCUUGCAUGGCUCGUACACCUUGUGAUCAGUAUUAUUGCUUUCCGUCGACGCCCGUCAGUUGCUGAGUCCCUUCCGUAUGCGCUUCGUCCAAGUGAAUCACUAAACUCUCUGGACGAUGAUGAUCUGUUGACGUGAGCAACAUUACCCGCUCAUCUUUUUCUUACUGCUUAUGACGAAUGAUGUGCCGACCUGGUUUUGCUGCAUUGUAUGUGCCAUAUCUGAACUAUUCACUGAUUUGUUCAUUAAUUCUUUCCUCUUAAAAAAAAACAAGUCUUACCAGAUACGACGCACCGAAUGGAAAAAUAGUCUUACUAGCAGGUCUCAAUAUUGACCUUGAUCGUUUCAAUUUUUACCCAGAAAUAGUUUUCCAUGCGCAGUUUGGCAUGACGGAAAUUUUACGUUUUGAUAAUUGCACUUGUGCAUCACCGGUUUGUGUCUUCUCCUCUUAUGCUCCUCGCUUCGUCAAUAUUCUGCUACUGGUUGUCUUUCAGGCUUGAUUUGAUAUCCAUUUUCUCUCUUCCUGUUCUGCUUGUCAUUGAUUUCUUGUGAUUGCUGCCCUGGUUCGUUGAAUCGUUUUUAUAAUUUUUUA